AUGAGGAGGAUGCAAAUUAGGAAGACGAUCACUUGGGGAAUCAAAAAUUUCUCAUCUUUGAAAGCGAAUGGACUUUACUCUGAUCAAUUCGUUGCUGGUGGCUGCAAAUGGCGUCUCUAUGCCUGUCCCAAAGGAAACAACGGUGACUACUUGUUUCUCUAUCUCGAAGUCGCCGACUUUGCACAGCUGAUCACAAGUGGUUUGAGGAGAAGUGUCCUCGAGUGGGUUAUGCAAGUGGUUGGGAAGCUAGAUGUGACAGAGGAAACACCAACGAUAACGGAAUCCAUGGAUGUUAAUGGUUUUCAACUUCUUCCUUCACAGGCGGAGUUUGUGAGGCCUUUGUUUGAAAGACACCCAACGAUUGCAUCUGAGUUCCGUGUGAAGAACCCAAAUCUGAGGGCAGGUUACAUGAGUUUGCUACUUAGUUUGAUUGAGACUCUGCGCCAGCCGCGUCACGAGCUCUCCAUGACUGAUAUGGCUGAGGCAUAUGCUGCAUUGGGAUCCAUGACUAGCGCUGGGUUGAAACUGGAUUGGUUGAAGAAGAAGCUUGAUGAGAUGUCGGAGAAGAAGCAGAAAGAGGAGGCUCGGGUGAAGGAAAUUGAGCAAGAGAUGGAUGCUUUGUAUCAGAGGUGCGAGGAUCUCGUAGCUCAGCUUGAGAAGGAGAAAGCUGAGGUGGCGGCUGCAGAAGCUCCUCUCUCUUUCGGUGAUUUCAUUUAA